AGUCCCAAACGAUUGUAAUCAAUCGGCUUGGAAGCUGUUCGGGUGAGUCGAUUGUCAACACAACUGAACGGAACGUGACCUUGCGAAAUACCGUUCAAGCGGCUUGCGCGCGCUCGCACAUGGCUCGCAAGUGGUCCCACAUACACACCUCCAGGCGAGAAGGAACAAUACACAUUCAUACAGUACACCGCGAUGGCAGAAAAAAGUGUCCGAUUAGACUAAACGGUCGGACAGUGGACUACUCGUCCGGUAGUAUCCCGUGCGCCGUGUAACACUUCGCUCACCUGUUGCAACAUUGCGUGCACAGCACAGAACGUAGGAUGGAAGCAAUUUCGCAGGCGCUCCAGCCGUACAAGGAACACGUCGGGUUUACGGCCGGCCUCCUGACCGUCGGUCAGAUGUUUAGCGGCUGCUUUGUGUGCAACGACAUACGCAAGAAGGGUACAACGGAGGGUUUCUCGCCGAUGAUGUUCAUCGGUGGUUGCGGACUAACCAUCCUCUUCCUGCAGCACGGUAUGCUGAUGGAGGAUCCGGCAAUGAUCACCACGAACAUCGUAGGAUUCAGCAUCAGCUUUGCAUAUGCUGCGUUCUUCGCGUUCUACACCCCGGCCGCUCUGAAGGGCAACUUUUGGCGACAGGUCAUGUGGACGGGACUGUUCACGUUGGCAAUAUUGCUCUAUGCGAAGUACGAGAAUCCGGCCGUGGUGGAGGACCGGUUCGGCAUGAUUAUUACCGUACUGAUGCUGUGUCUGAUAGGGCAACCACUGUUCGGGUUGCCGGAAAUCAUUCGCCGGAAAAGCACCGAAGGUUUGCCAUUCCCGAUGAUUCUGUCCGGUACGAUCGUUGGCCUGAGUUGGCUCCUGUACGGCGUGAUUCUGAACAACGUGUUCGUCGUGCUCCAAAACCUCGCAGGCGUCGUGCUAAGUGGCAUUCAGCUGGCUCUAUUCGCCAUCUAUCCUUCCAAGCCGGCACCACCAACCAAGAAGCGCAAUUAAAAGUCGCUUGGGAGCCAAGUGAAAUGAGAUUAGAAAAAAACAACAACUGUAGUUUCAAAAUGUCCAUAAUA